UGACUUUCGCUUCAGAGGGGCAAAAUAGAUCCCUAGAAAACUGGCACAAUGUUGUGAGACACAUUUGGUAAAGCCUGCUGCUGACAAAGUCUCGUAGUCUUGCUGACAGAGUUAGAGCUCACGUUCAACAUUUCCGGUGUUAUGUGAAUGAAACUGCGAGUUCACUCCAGGUGACAGGCUGGCGUGGGGUUUUUUGCAUGUUGGCUACCUGGAUCUACAUAGAUUAUAUUAAACAUGGUUCACAGUAAAGAGAAAGACUCCGAGCCUGGGAUCUACGGUUUUACCCGCACAGCAGCAGCAGCUCUCACACACCUGGUCUGCAUCGUCUUCACUGUGUUGAUCACAGUUCUGUCCCGACCAGGAUCAAGUUUGUUUUCCUGGCAUCCCUUCUUAAUGACACUGGCAUUCUCCUUAUUCAUGACAGAAGCCAUACUCCUCUUCUCGCCUCAUGGCUCCCCCAUAAAAAGGUUUCAACACAAGACCAAAGGCCGUGUCCACUGGAUUCUGCAGUGCCUCUGUGUUUCUUGUGCGGUCCUUGGUCUGGCAGCCAUCUUUUACAACAAACACCUGAAUGACAAACCCCACUUCACCUCAUGGCAUGGUUGUCUGGGCCUGUUCACAGUGUGUGUGUUGGGGCUUCAGUCUUUGGCAGCUGUGCCUCUGAUCUACCACUCUCUGGCCAAAGGCUGGUCACUGGCCAAACUCAAACGCUACCACGCAGCGUCUGGACUUGUCACGUACCUGCUGGGCAGUGCCAGUGUAGUCCUGGGUCUUUGCUCUGCCUGGUUCACUAUGUCUGUGUUGGGGUACAACUGGUAUCUGGCAGCACUGUGCCCUACAUUCACUGCCUUUGUUAUGAUGAACCAAGUCACUAGUGCCUACAUGGCUAAGAAGCGAUUACAGUCCUGAUAGAAGACCGUAUCCACCCUUUUAAUGAAACAAGCACUGAAUGAGGUUUUCCAGCAGGUUAGAUUUGCACAAAGUGGACAUGAAACAUAUUUCUGAGGCUGUGUGCCACUCUGAAAAUCUUCACAUUUCAUGAACUGAAUCAAGAUACUUAAACACUCUUAUCCUUGUCAUUUUUCACAAUUUACAUGCAGUAGGUACCACUUAGGUCACUGUGGGCAUGUCUAUUUUUAUUUUAUUAGGAAUAUGGUCAGGCUUAUGUGACAAUUACACAUAAAUCUGACCAAAAACCUGCAAAAUGAAUGUCAGCCUUAGUCAGCUAUCGUUUGUGCUUAGUGCUCAGUGCUUAGUAGACUUUGGUAUGCUUAAAGCUUCAGUCAUUAAAAACUUUUCAACAACAUUUCAGGUAUGCUAGCCUUUGCUAGCACUGAGUGCAACAUCACUGAGAGCUAAACCUAGCAUAGCUGUGGGUUUGGUUGACCUGUAUGAAGAUAAAUUCAUGUUUUAAGCAGUAGAUAAAUUAAUACAAUAAAAAUUAAUAUCAAACUGUAAAAGAAAUUCAGGUAUUUAAAGCUGCUGUUGGUAGUAGUAUUUAUUGUGUGUUAGCACCUGCCCAUUUGUGCUUUGUUUAAAAAAAAUUGAGCUGAAUCAAACAACCAAUCAUUAACUUGUAACCUCUAACUCAGGACCAAAGCAAUAAACUCUAGACAGGGAGCUACAUCCGAAGAGCCAAUUUUUCUAUGUGCCUGAUGCAACUUAAAUGUAACCUCAAUAUUUUUUAAUCUGUCCUACAUUCCUGAACAUGUUUAAAGCUGCUGUUGGUAGGAAUGGUGUCAAAAAUGUUACUUUUUUUCUGCUGGGUUAGGAGAAGAGGUGAUAACACCCAUCAGUACUCAUCAGUAAGUGAAGUUAUUUGAGAUUAUCGUGAAAUCUGUUUUCCAAUGCCUAUAUAUAUAAAGCAAUGUUACUAUUCCCCUUGUUCCCGUUAUGACAGACCAAUCAUAGCUAAUCUACAAUCCUCCGUCCUCCGCCCCACUAUGUCAUGCUGAUUAGUUGGGAAGCCACUACUUCCUCAUAUAACGCGCAAAGCAAUAUUUUGUGGGCGGGGUUACGGGAGCAGAGAGGGGAGGAGUAGUGAGGACAUUCGAAAUCUCUCUCCUAACUGAUGUUUAUAUCACGGCUACCAACAGCAGCUUUAAUCGCCAUACUAUGAGUUGCCAAUCAUCCUGCCUUUGUUUACUGAUGCUGCUUUUGAUAACUUAUUUAUUUGCAUGUUUGAAUAAAUAAAAUGCAAGUUGUACUGGAGACGUGUUCAAUUAAAAGCAUUUAUAAAUGAUUCACA